GAAACAAAACAUCUGGAGAAAUACACGAAAAAGAAAACGAAAGAGCACAACCAAGAAGUCAAAAAACUGAAACAUGUUGAGACUUUGUAAGCUCACACGUUGCGCUUUUCAAUCGCUUGCAAAAAAUACAACCGAGACAGCCAAGAUCUGCAUACAGUCGUGUUAAUGAUGCAAGAUUUUAGAAACACACAAUGUGCAAUGUCAAUUUUGUAUUCGAUCAUAAACAUAUAUUACAGUACGUGAUACAUUGUCUGUGCACUGGAGCUCAGCUUUUAUUUGUAUGACAUAAAUAUUGAAAACUGUAAUACUUUUACUAAUAUGUUUAAGAGCUUUUAUAUAUAGUGUUUGGAUGUGUGUCGUCAGAGUAGGUGACGGUAAUAACUUGAAUACACUGAAACUGCAAUUAUCAACUGUUUUUGUUGUACUUUUUUACAGUUAUGAGAAACCCCCUCCUGGGCUGAUCAAGGUUGGUAGUCCAGUUAUAAAAAGUAGCUCUGCAUACUGUUCACAAUGUAUCCUUAUUGAUGGUGGCACCAUUCAUGAGAAUACCCCAUAGUAAUGUCACCCUUUCUUCCUGCUCUGGCCCAUGUUAAUGGAUUUAAACAUAUUCUGUAUGAAUUGCAUGACGAUGGAGCACUGAUUAAAGUUUUUUUUCCAAUAGAAAACAAAGGCACUUCCAUAUGCACGUCUCUAUUGAAUUUAAGGAGGAGGAAGACAAGCCCGAGGACUGUAUUCCUGAUGCUCCUGGGAAUGAAGAUGCUCGGGACUUCCUGGCCCACGCACCUACCAGGGGACUCUGGAUGCCUCUUGGAAGAGAGGUGAAAGUCAUGCAGUGUUGGAGAUGCAAACGUUACGGUCACAGGACAGGAGAUAAGGAAUGUCCAUUUUUUAUCAAAGGCAAUCAAAAGCUGGAGCAGUUCAGAGUUGCACAUGAAGACCCAAUGUAUGACCUAAUUAGAGAAAACAGACGUCACGAAAAGGAAAUGAGCCUGGACCACCACUGCUGCUGUGCCCCCCGCCUCACUGUUGACCCCUGUGACCUCUGUUUCCAGGAUACAGCAGCUCCAGCAGCUGCUGGAAGACACGACCUCCGACUCGGAGAGCAGCAGUUCCACCUCCUCACACUCCGACGGGGGCAAGAAGAAGAAGAGGAAAGGGGACAAGAAGAGGAAGAAGGAGAAGAAAAAGAAGAAGAGGAAAAGAAAGCACAAGUCCGCGCGAUUGAGCAAUGGUUCUGGAUCGGACUGAGAGCUGAGACAGCUCUAAAAAAAGAAAAUGAAAGCCUGGAUCUCGAGGCUUGUGCUUCUGGGAUCUUUCAGCUCUCCCUCAGAAGAAAUGAAGCUGAAAGCAUCUCUCUUGACUGACGCUAUGCCUGUUUGUUCCAGCGGUGUCAUCGGAGCACACUGAGGCGUUGAAGCUCUUUGUUCUUUAUUCUCCACUGUCACAGUCAGUGAGUAAUGCAUGGAUUUUCAGCUUUUUAUUUGUCAAGGGUGACAGGAUAAUCAGCCAUUUUCGUGGAAGGAGACACUGCAGCUCUAGAUACAGGACAGGAUUCCAGCAGUCAGGUUGUGUUUGAGCUCAGUUCUCUUAAGUUCUAUCCCUUAUUGCGCCACUGGCCAUUAGCCAGGUGGUAAAACAAAUACACAAUGAUGGGUUAAAAAUGGGCUAUCCCUGCAGAAACGACUGGGUGCCAUUCCUGUGGUUCUUUGUGAUGAAGGGAUGGGUUUCGUUGUGAAUAUCUCAGUCAACAGCAGAGCCCUGUCCAUAAUGCUGCCUCUCAUCUGAGUCUGUGGACUCUGCAGGAAUCCGAAAUAUGUGAGGGGAAGGCUGUGAUUAUCAGCACAACCAGGUAGUUAGCGACGCACCAUUGAGGUAUUUAAUAAAGAGCUCUUGACGGCAUGUAAAUAUCCAUCCAUGCAUUGCCAGAAAGCUGCUUAUUUCUGUUAGCGGUUGUGGAGUCAGUCCCAGGAAACGGGGUGCAAGGUGGGACGAUAGUCUGGAUGGAAUCCCAGGGUGCAUGCAAACAAUGUAGGGACACCAAUUAACCCACCCAGUGUGUCUUUGAAAGAUGGGAGAAGACUGGAGAAACGCCACGUCUUACUGAGGAGAACCGCUAAACUCAACACGGAAAAGGCUGGAGUUGAACACAGGACCCAAACGCUGUGCUUUAAAUAAAAGUGCACUCAAAGUGGCAACCAAAAGCUGUAAGGCAAAGUUAUAACCAUGAUGUCAAUGUGCCACCCAACAUGUAAAUAAUGUAAAAUAAAUCAUAUUCAGAAAAGAUACUGAGGUAAGUUCUUUCUAUAAUUAAUUAAAAAAUAGAAUUUAAAUUAGGCUUAAUCAUUUUAUUUAAAAUGUAUGUUUUCAUAAAUUUAUUGACGUACUGUUUCUCUGUUGGAGAGUAAAUUUUACCAGGUGCAACAGCCAUACAGUUUUAAUCAUGGAAAUUUUUUUUUUUCCUAAGUCACCGAAACCUUUAAAGAUUUUUAACCAUCUUUUGGCCACGUUAGGACAUUUCCUAUCUGAUGCAAAGUAGACAUGACCUCUACUCUUUGAAAUAUUUUGUUAUAUAAGUUACCAUAUGGCUCACACAAGAAAACAAUACUUUGGAAUCAUAUUUCCAAAUGUAUGGGGAGUUUAGGCACCAUAUUACCAUAUAAUACCUCAGUAGAUAUUAUUACUGUCGUAUUUGAAAAUUAGCAUAGAAGUAUUAUGUGCUCAGGUGAAGUCGAAUGCCAAAUUGAAUAAAAAAUCCCAAACCAGAAUAAUAUUGCACAUGAAAACAAUCAUGUGAUCCAACUUAAUACUUGUGUCUAAGGAUAAGACAUUAACCUCGACAAACUGUUCAGAGGUGCUGUGUGAGAGGGUUUUGUUGAGUUUUAGAAUGAAAACAAAAAUUCCCUUUGAUGUUAUUAUGUAAUUUUAAGAUCCUUUCUGAGAGCUGGAGUUUAACUGCAGUUUUAAGAAUGCAUAUUUCAGUUAUAUUUUCUCAUAAGUAAUAAGCCGCAGAUACCACAUCAAAGAACAUUUGCUGGACUCCACCCAAAAUGAGAUAAAGUCUAUUUAUAAAUGCCUAGCAUUGAAGAAAAAGAAGUUGAUGCUGUUAGAUUUUUGUGUGAGUGCUAUAGAGAUUUUCUUUGUGUGACAUUUUGUUGAAAAAAAAAAGGAAAUUCAGAUUGCGUUAAGAAUUGAAAGGUUUAAUUUAUCAGUUUUAAAUGUACUUUGUAGUUAAUGUGCAGGUAGAGGAACCUCUCUUGUCACUUUGUUAUUCCAUUGCCAAGGUUUCUAUUUUGCCUAUGUUUUCAAAAGCGUAUGGUAAAUAUCUGCUGUUUGAAGGGCACCGUUUUGAACUUGUUCUUUUACCACACAUAUGAAUCCUUUAACACAAUGCUUGUUCUAAAUAUUCAAAGGGAUCUGUUGAUCUCCCACGUUAGGGUGGGAGUCAGAAGGCUGUUAAUGGAAUUCAUUCAUGUUUUCAGAAAGAAGAAGAAACAGGUUUUCACUGUUCAGGAAACAUUUUUGAAAAAUACUGAGAGCUGUGUCAGUUUGUUUUGCUUUGAGUGUUCACUUAAAGGGGAUUUUUUCUUCUAAGACACAUCAGAAUUCAGAGGCAUAAUUGUACAUUGUGCUGGCAUGCCAACUGUGCUAUGUUUUCAAGAAACUCUUGACCUAUGAGUACUCCCAUCACUUACUGAGUCAGGUAUUACAGUGAGGAACACAUUGCUCAAUGAAUCACCAUUUGUUUUUCUACAGUAUUCACUCAAAACACAAUGUCCACCAGAUGUGUUGAUUUUUUUUUUAAUCUAUUUUCUUUAUUAAGAAAGCUGGUGUGUAGCAACUAGGGAAAAAAGACAUUUCUGUAGAAAUGUUUCUAAGUGGUGUCCAUAGAACUGAAGUCUCAGCAAAACGAUGGAUGUAAAAUAACCACAAGAUAAUAACUGUGAGAAAAACCACAGUAUUUCUCUUUGGAUAAGAUAUCAGCAUUUCAUUUUUAGUGACAAGGUACCUCAGAGUAUUCAUAGAAUUCCGAUAGCAGCUUGUGAUUUUUCCUGUUGGAAAUAUACAUGCAUCCUAGUAUUUCUUAUCCACUGUUGCAAUUCAAAUGCCUGAAUUUUAGAAAAAAUAGGUCUUGCGAUCUCUGUAUGAAAAAGGAUAGUCAAUAACAAAAGAAACGUUUUGAAAGAACAGCCUUUUUAUGAAAUUGAUUUCAAGUGUUCUCAUUGCUAUGAGAGGACCUUAUCCUCUGUGGCACAGCGUGGUGGUGUAGUAGAUAACUUUCCUGCCUCACAACACUGGGGCCCCAGGUUCAAUGCCUGACCUGGGGUGCCAUCUGUGUGGAGUUUGUAUGUUCUCCCAGUGUUUGCAUGGAUUUUCUCCAAAUGCUCUGGUUUCCUAGCACAGUCCAGAGACCUACUAGUAAGUUAACUGGCUUCCAGGGAAAAUGACCCUGGUUUGUGUGUGUGUCUGUGUCUGUGACAGAUGUUAUAAUUGUUGAUAAAAUUAUGAAACAUUCAGUGAUAAAUAUGCUACUUAGGAAGUAUUAUAUGUGUGUCUUAUCCAUAUAAGAAGAAAAGGCCAUUUUUAGUGCUGGUAUGACUAAAGGCACUGAGAUUCAUAGAAUUUCUGGGGAACUAGGAAUGACAUGAACGUCUACAGUACCUGUACAGUUAACUUCUCAUUUGAAAACAUAGCCAGUGACAAGGAUUUUGGACUGUUGGUUCAAAUCCUGCUUGAGGUUUUGGAACAUUCUUGGUUGCUAACGUAUUGAUUGAGGUUCUGGGGUCUGGGUGCUGCUUUUGUAAAUGGCAGCUCUCCAGGAUGAAACUGUAAAGGAUAAUUUGUUCUCAAAUGACUCACCUGGUUAAAUAAAGAAUUUGAAAAACUG